AUGGUUGACAGGAGCUUGCUACACUGUCGUAAAAACGCUAAUAACACGAUGGUAGUCCAAAAAAAGUAUGCACAUACCGGCUCGGACGUCACCCGGGUGAACAAGGUCCGCGCUGCAGCUUUGGGGACUAGAGGAGGCUGCAGUGUAAAGUAUGCUACUGAGUCCCAGAAAGAUAGACUGAAGAUGGGGUUGACAGUUGGAGUUUGGAAUGUCAGGUCAUUGUGGCAGACAGGGACUUACGCGUUGAUGAAGAAAAAACUUGAACGAUUCAGAUAUGAUGUGGUUGGUCUGUGCGAGGUCCGAUGGACAGGAGGUGGAGAAAUGGAAGGUGGGAAGAUAUUAUGGUCUGGAACAGAGAAGGAGCACGUCUAUGGAGUUGGAAUGGUUAUUGGCAAAAAAGCAAAAAAAGCACUGUUGGAGUACAAUCCAGUGAAUGAAAGAAUGAUGUAUGCGAGGUUUAAGGGAUACCCAAAAGACAUUGAUGUGGUAGUGGCCUAUGCUCCAACAAUGGAUCACUCGAAUGCAGAAAUCGAGGCAUUCUACGAUCAACUGGAGCAAACAUUGAAUGUACUGCCAAAGAAAGAUGUUAAGAUAAUCACCGGAGAUUGGAACGCAAAGAUCGGAAGAGACAAUAUUGGUUUUGAAGAAGUCAUGGGAAAAUACGGUAUAGGAAACAGAAAUAAUAGAGGAGAAAGACUGCUGGAAUUUGCAAAAGACCAAAAAAUUGCCAACACUGUAGAUACCAACGCCACAACCCACAGCGCAAAUAUCACUUGCAAAUGGAACAUCAUCACAAGAAGCAAGAAGAACCACAGCGAUGAUAAUAAUAACGUUAACAAUAAUACUAAUAAUGUUUUUAAAUAUUGUAAAAAUAAUAUUAAUAAUAUGUAG